AUGGAAGAAAUAAGAAAUGCACCAUAUGCUAAUGGGGAAGAUAGAAUCAGUAGGUUGCCUGAUAACUUAAUUCAUCUUAUCAUGUCUUACAUGGAUACUAAAGAUGCAGUCCAAACCAGUGUUCUGUCGAAAAGAUGGAUUGAUGUUUGGAAAUCUCUCCCUUUUCUAGAAUUUCAUAGGAGUUCAUUCUCAGAAGACAAGACACAUAGUUUCAUAAUGUUUGUAGACAAUGUAUGCCUUUUUCGCGGAGACAUUGAUAUUCAGAGGUUUUAUGUGAGAUGGAAGGAUUCAGUGACAAUCCAUGUUAAUAGAUGGAGCCUUGCUGCUGUUAAGUAUAAUGUUCAAGAUAUAAGUAUAUUUAUCAGUGAAUGUCAUAAUUCAGCAUAUGAAAUUCCUCACCGUCUCCUUAAUUGUAAAUCACUGAAGAAGUUGACAUUGUACCUGUAUGGUAAUGCUAGAUAUGCAGAUGUUAUUCUACGAGGAUCGAUGAAUUUACCUCAGCUUAAAUUUCUAUCCUUUACUGGAUUAUCAAUCUCCGAGGUAGAAUCAUCUAAAAGACUCUUUUCAAGUUGUCCAGUUCUUGAAACGCUACAUAUAUCUGAUUGUUACAUACGAACUGAUAACAGAGGAAUUUGA